AUGGGACAGAAGCAUGGUGGAUCCUAUCCUAAAAAUAAUCUCCUGAGCGCCUCUUUGAAUAUUGGCAGCCACUCCUCUCACCCAAACCCCGAGUCUGCAGGCUGCAGAAAGGCUGACAGGGUGACCCAUUUCCCUCAGCGACCCCCCUCAGCAGCACUCAACCCGCCCCCGGAUGGCGAAGCCCAGCUUAGCCCCGCUCCCCCGGCUGCCACCUCGCUGCCCCGAAAUCUACAGUGGUUAAACACUGAAGGUCCUAUUUCUCUUCACAAAGACCUUUGUGGAAAAGUUGUGGUAUUGGAUUUCUUUACUUACUGCUGCAUCAAUUGCUUGCACCUGCUGCCUGAUCUCUACGCGUUAGAGCACCAGUACUCUGAUAAAGAUGGUCUUAUUAUUGUUGGUGUCCAUUCAGCAAAAUUCCCAAAUGAAAAAGUUCUGGAUAACAUUAAAAGUGCGAUUCUGAGGUAUAAUAUUGUCCACCCUGUAGUAAAUGAUGCAGAUGCAACACUGUGGCAUGAACUAGAGGUGUCCUGCUGGCCAACUCUGGUCAUUCUUGGGCCUCGUGGAAACAUGCUGUUUUCACUUGUUGGAGAGGGACACAGAGAGAAGUUGUUUUUAUUUACUUCUAUAACAUUGAAAUUCUACAAGGAGAGAGGACAAAUCAAAGAUAACAACAUUGGAAUAAAGCUAUACAGAGACUCCCUCCCACCUUCUCCCCUGCUCUUUCCUGGCAAAGUGACUGUAGAUAACUCAGGAGGAAGGCUGGUAAUAGCAGACACUGGACAUCACAGGAUUUUGGUUACUCGAAAAAAUGGAGAAAUUCUACACACUAUUGGAGGUCCAAAUUGCGGAAGGAGAGAUGGAAGAUUUUCAGAGGCAGCUUUCAACUCACCACAAGGGAUCGCUAUAAAAAACAAUGUUAUUUAUGUAGCUGAUACAGAAAAUCACCUAAUUCGAAAGAUUGACCUGGAAUUAGAGGUGGUGACCACUGUAGCGGGCAUUGGGAUACAAGGUGUUGAUAAGGAAGGUGGAGCAAAAGGAGAAGAACAGCCUAUCAGCUCUCCGUGGGAUGUGGUCUUUGGAAAUACAAUUUCAGGGACCCAGGAAGACAAUGUUUUGUGGAUAGCGAUGGCAGGCACUCAUCAGGUAUGGGCACUGAUGUUGGAAGGUGGAAAACUACCAAAGGGAAGUGAUUUAAAGAAAGGAGUCUGCCUUCGAUUCGCUGGGAGUGGAAAUGAAGAGAACAGAAACAACGCAUACCCACAUAAAGCAGGCUUUGCACAGCCUUCGGGUCUCUCUCUGGCUUCUGAGGAACCAUGGAACUGCCUUUUUGUAGCAGAUAGCGAGAGCAGCACUGUGCGAACCAUCUCUCUGAAAGACGGAGCAGUGAAGCACCUUGUAGGAGGAGAGAGAGAUCCAUUGAAUUUGUUUGCCUUUGGUGAUGUGGAUGGAGCGGGCAUAAAUGCAAAGCUGCAGCAUCCCUUGGGAGUGACAUGGGACAAGAAAAGAAAACUGCUCUAUGUGGCAGAUUCCUAUAAUCAUAAGAUUAAGGUUGUAGAUCCCAAGAUGAAGAACUGUGCUACCCUGGCAGGCACAGGAGAAGCAAGCAAUGUUAUUGGUGCCAGCUUUACGCAGUCAACGUUUAAUGAACCGGGAGGUUUGUGUGUUGAAGAAAAUGGCCGCUUGAUGUAUGUUGCAGACACAAAUAAUCAUCAGAUUAAAGUGAUGGAUUUGGAAACAAAAAUUCUUUCCAUGUUGCCUAUCCUGAAUCCAGAAGCAUGUGAUGUUCCAGAUAACCUGCCUGUGCAAAAGGAUAAAAUAACAAAACUUCCCAAACUGCCUAAAUCUGCACCAAAUGUUCAGCUUCCUUCACUAACUGUAGCUCCUGGCCAGACAAUUCAGUUUUUAUUGAAGUUGAUUCUACCUCCAGAUUCAAAACUGAAUGAAGAAGCACCCAGUUCCUGGUUUAUCACAGCAGAAGAUAAUACCUGGUUGCUUCAAGGAGAGUGUCUGUCUGGAGAAAUAAAGGAUGUUUCCUGUCAAACUGUCAUUCCCUUUCAGUUGCCCAUGAGCUGUCUGUCAGCUGAAGCUAUCCUGGCUAUCAAAGCGUGCCUCUACUAUUGCAGCAAAGGUAGCAGUGCCUGUAUGAUGAAAGGGAUCUCAUUCAGUCAGCCUUUACAGAUAGCUAGUACAAACCAAGGCAGCUUGACCCAAGUUGAACUGAUGCACACGUUUUUAACCAACUAA